AUGUCAUUUACUAAUAAUGAAUUAAAAGAAAUCGAAAUUUUUGUUGUAAAUUUGUUAAGGGAUAAGGUCGGUCCAAUAAUCAAAUCUGAAACAGGGAUCACAUCCCAACAAUAUAUUGAUAAGACCAAUGCAGUAGAUUUAGUUACAAAAUACGAUAAACAAGUGGAGGCAAUUAUAAAAGACACAAUCAAGGACAAAUUUGGUGAUAAAUUUAAUUUCAUUGGAGAAGAGGAAUAUAUCCCAGGUAAAACUAAAAUCUCAAAUAAUCCUACAUUUAUUUUAGAUCCAAUUGAUGGUACUACAAAUUUUAUCCAUGGUUUUCCUUAUAGUUGUUGCUCUUUAGGACUAGCUAUCGACGGUCACCCUGUUGUUGGUGUGGUUUACAAUCCACAUUUAAAUCAAUUAUUUCAUGCAUCAAGAGGGAAUGGUGCCUUUUUGAAUAACCAAAGGAUCAAUGCUACAAGCAGACGUUUAACAUUACAAAAAUCGUUAAUAGGUCUUGAAGCAGGGUCCGAAAGAAGUACGGAACCUGAUAGUAACUUUAACAAGAAAAUGACCACUUACAAAAAUCUGUUAAGUGAAGAUGGUGGUUUUAUCCACGGAUAUAGAUCCUUUGGAAGUGCAGCAAUGAAUAUAUGCCAUACGGCCAUUGGUGUUCUUGACGCAUACUGGGAAGGUGGAUGUUGGGCAUGGGAUGUCUGUGCAGGUUGGUGUAUACUAGAGGAAACUGGUGGGAGAAUUGUCGGUGGUAAUCCUGGUGAAUGGGAUGUUCCUAUUAAUGGACGUUGCUAUUUGGCUAUUCGUGGAGGAUGUGGUAAAAAUGAACAAGAUAAGUUUACUAAAGAUUUCUGGGACCAAGUUGAUGGAAAACUACAGUAUUCUGAAUGA